UUGCGGUUUUCUGUUAUUUCUCUGCGUCCUUGGCACGAUCGUAGAUGUGUUUGAAUGGAAUUCAUUCGGUCCUAGUCCAAAAUCCUUGGAUGAGUCAAAUUCCAUCAACAACCAUCAGAAGGUAAACAGUGUUCAGGACGAGGAGAUACCAUUUCAAGCGUCGCUUCAGCCUUACCAGAAGAGUACGGAGGAUAUGAACACACCGCUUGUAUCAGGACGCACGAUUAUUCAUGAUACCACGGCAAGCAAAGGUCGCGGAGGAGUAUUUUUGGAUUUCCUUCGCUGUUUCUCUCUGGUUCGUAAUACGACAAAAAUCUUCAGCACCAACGUACCACCAAAGGUGAUCACAUCAAUCAAUGGUCUGCGUGUCAUCAGCAUGUUCUGGGUCAUCCUGGGUCACACGUUUUUAUUCAUGUUGACCAGCUAUAUAAUGGCAAAUCCAGUCGAUUUGGUAGAAGAUACGAGCAAAUUUUCCAUGAUGGUUAUAAUGAAUGGCUAUUUUUGUGUUGAUACCUUUUUCUUUCUGAGUGGUCUGCUUGUGUCCUACACGUGCUUUAGAAAAUUAGAGAAGUCCGAAGGAAAGUUCAACUGGUUUCUUUUCUAUUUUCAUCGUUAUGUAAGAUUGACACCUUCGAUGAUGUUCGUAAUCUUGUUUUAUGUGAAGCUCACCCCAUUUCUCGCGUACUCGCCAACAUGGACGUUGCGUAAGAACGAACACUGUCAAAAAUACUGGUGGACCAACUUGAUCUACAUCAAUAAUUUUUACCCGACCAAGUUUGAUGAUGAGUGUGUUGGCUGGACUUGGUAUUUAGCAAAUGAUAUGCAGUUUUAUAUCAUCUCGCCGUUUGUGCUGAUAUUGGCUCACAGAUUUGGUCGGGUUGGCUUGUUAGCAUCCGCAGGCUCACUUUUCAUGGUCAGCACCAUUGCUCUCGCAUCCAUCUAUGGUCAUUAUAAUAUUGAUCCUUUGGCUCUGUCCAAAUGGGGCCAGUCGGAUCUUUUCAAUCCGGCGAAAGCUGACUUUACUAAAAUGGUAUAUGACAAGCCAUACUGCAGGAUACAGCCUUAUUUAAUCGGGAUGAUGCUUGGAUACUUCAUACACAAAAGUUAUAGUGGAACAAGAAAACCAAACUGGUUUUUUGCGUUGAUUGCCUGGUUGGCAGCCAUUGCCAUUGGCAUCACCUUGGUAUACGCACCCCAUGACGCCACUCUGAAAGAUGGCCGAGCUUGGAAGACAGCAGAGAACGUGAUUUACGGGAUGUUCUCGAAAGCUGCUUGGGGCGUGGCACUUGCGUGGGUCGUGUACGCUUGUCACUACGGCUUCGGUGGUUUGAUUCAAAGGUUCCUGUCAGCGCGGUUCUGGAUACCGCUCAGCCGUUUGACUUAUUCAACAUACUUGGUACAUCCUAUUGUAUUGACGUACAUAUAUUCUAGUUCAAAGACAACCCUAUACUAUGACACGACAACCGUGACGUUUUACUUCAUAACAGCCGUGGUAUUAUCGUACGCGUGUGCCUUCAUCCUGUCCGUUGUAACCGAAUUUCCUUGCGACAACCUGGAGAAUUUUGCCGUCAAAUUAUUUGGGAGAAAGAAACGAUUAAACUAAGUCUUAAUUUACUCAGUUCCUUUUUAAUAUAGUUUCAGGCGUAAUUUUAUCCAAAUUAAUCAUUGCCGAUUUGAUCGACAGCCGCGACAAUUGCUCGAACUUUUCAUUUUAUGUCGGGUUCCAGUCCCUGGAAUACGCACGCGGAACACUAGGUGUGGGUAACAAUUAUACCCCUGGGGGACCCGGUACGUCCAUGCUAUUGUUCUCAUUGUCUUUGGUGAUAAUUCGAAGCCUAAAUUACUGAAUAUCAAUUUCCUUAAAAUAGAUUAUUUAUAAAU